CCGGAGUGGCAGGCCCUGGACCCGUGCGGUUCCCGGGCAUGGUGAGCAAGGGGCUGCUGCGCCUGGUCUCUUCAGUCAACCGCAGGAGGAUGAAGCUGCUGCUGGCCAUCGCUCUGCUCGCCUACGCCGCCUCUGUUUGGGGCAACUUUGUUAACAUGAGCUUUCUGCUCAACAGGUCUCUCCAGGAAACCAGUGAACUAAAGCUUGAAAGCAAGAUCGAAGAGAUUGUUGAACCAUUAAGAGAGAAAAUCAGAGAUUUGGAAAAAAGUUUCACCCAGAAAUACCCACCAGUAAAGUUUUUAUCAGAAAAGGACCGGAAAAGGAUUUUGAUCACUGGAGGCGCGGGCUUCGUGGGCUCCCAUCUGACUGACAAACUCAUGAUGGAUGGCCAUGAGGUGACCGUGGUGGACAACUUCUUCACAGGCAGGAAGAGAAAUGUGGAACACUGGAUCGGCCAUGAGAACUUCGAGCUGAUUAACCAUGAUGUGGUGGAGCCCCUCUACAUCGAAGUUGACCAGAUUUACCAUUUGGCAUCUCCAGCCUCCCCUCCAAACUACAUGUACAACCCCAUCAAGACACUGAAGACUAAUACAAUCGGAACGCUAAACAUGUUGGGACUGGCCAAGCGUGUGGGUGCCCGUCUGCUCCUGGCCUCCACAUCUGAGGUAUAUGGAGAUCCCGAGGUCCACCCUCAGAGUGAGGACUACUGGGGCCACGUCAAUCCCAUAGGACCCCGGGCCUGCUACGACGAGGGCAAACGUGUUGCGGAGACCAUGUGCUAUGCCUACAUGAAGCAGGAAGGUGUGGAAGUGCGGGUGGCGAGGAUCUUCAACACCUUCGGGCCACGAAUGCACAUGAAUGAUGGGCGGGUGGUCAGCAACUUCAUCCUGCAAGCCCUGCAGGGGGAGCCACUCACGGUGUAUGGUUCCGGGUCUCAGACAAGGGCGUUCCAGUAUGUCAGUGAUCUGGUGAAUGGCCUGGUAGCACUUAUGAACAGCAACGUCAGCAGCCCUGUCAACUUGGGGAACCCAGAAGAACACACAAUCCUGGAAUUUGCUCAAUUAAUUAAAAACCUUGUUGGUAGUGGAAGUGAAAUUCAGUUUCUCUCGGAAGCCCAGGAUGACCCACAAAAAAGAAAACCAGACAUCAAGAAAGCAAAGCUGAUGCUGGGGUGGGAGCCUGUGGUUCCAUUGGAGGAAGGGUUGAACAAAGCCAUUCACUACUUCCGGAAGGAGCUGGAGUACCAGGCCAAUAACCAGUACAUCCCCAAACCUAAGCCCGCCAGAGUGAAGAAGGGCCGGACGCGCCACAGCUGAGUUAGCCGUAGGACCUGAGACUCCAUUCUACACUCAAUGAAAUGGACUUUUGUGGGAUUUUUUUUAAAGACUUAAACAGGUGUCAUGAAGAACAAACUGGAAUUUCAUUCUGAAGCUUGCUUUAAAGACAUGGAUGUGCCUAAAAGUUCCCUUGAAACCUGCAGACUUUGCCUUGCACUUUUUAAAUCUGUCUUUUUAUGUACAACAGCCUAGAUGCAUCUCUGCUAUUUUCAGGUUUUUUUUUUAUCUUGCUGUUAGAGUGUAUGCUGUAACUGUCGUUGACAGUUUUAUUUACUGGUUUCUUUGUGAAGCUGAGAAGAAACAUUAAAUAGGGGAAAUGCCGAUUUUAUUUAUAAAAGUGGGUACUUAUAAAUGAGACGUUACACUAUGCAUAAAGAAUAAAAAUCCUAGCGAUAUUGUCAGGUGGGCAGUGCACCAGCGCUUAUUUGGGGACAAGUGAAAACUCCAUUGGAAAGCAUUGUUUCUUUGUUAAUUGAGAGUUACCUGAAGAUUUGGUUUUUAGUUGCAAACUUGACUUUGAAACAUCUCCGCUGGUUCUUGAUCAAGGAUAUUUGAAAUCACUACUGUGUUGUGCUGCAUAUUGGGGUGGGGAAACAAUGUUAACGUAUUCUUGGUUAACCUUGGUUAAAUAUGCUAUUUUAAUAAAAUAUUGAAACUCGCUGGUCAUGG